UUNGACAGGUUUAUGCUGCUUCAGUGAUGUAUGGGUAUUUCCUGAAGCGGAUUGACCAAAGGUUUCAGCUCGAGAAGACGAUGAGGAUUCUUCCAGGUGGUUCGUAUGAAGGUGAGACUAGCAUUGAGCAAGCAGGCCGAGAAACAGAGAGAAGCUUCUAUGAAGAAGCAGAAGAAACCUAUCAGGCUGUAUCCUCAAACCAAGAGGUUGGUUCAUUUGUGGGAGGGAUCAAUGCGAGUGGUGGCUUUAGCAGCGAAAUGAAUCAAUCCCGUUUGAAGACAUAUGUUAUGUCCUUUGACGGAGAAACCCUCCAAAGGUAUGCGACGAUAAGAUCAAGAGAAGCGGUUGGGAUAAUUGAGAAGCAUACAGAAGCAUUGUUUGGGAGGCCAGAGAUAUUGAUAACGCCACAAGGCACAAUUGAUUCGUCCAAGGAUGAGCAUAUCAAGAUCAGCUUCAAGGGAUUGAGGAGGCUUGUGUUGGAGGCUGUGACCUUUGGAUCUUUCCUCUGGGACGUGGAGAGUCAUGUAGAUUCAAGGUAUCACUUCGUAUUGAACUGAAACGUAUGUGCCACAUUCUUUGAGAGAGUUUGGGGAUUUGUUCUUUGUAAUAUAUGCAACUGUGAACUGACCAACUAAUAUUUGUUGCCGUAGAAAUUGAGUUUAUCAAUACCCAUUUUAUUGGUAAUGAUACAUUCGCGAUCAAUUUGUGUUAUUGUUCUCA